UCAAAGCUGUAGCGUUAACCGUUUCUUUGCCUCUCUCCUCUUCUGGUGUUUGUCUGUGCAAAGGUCAGAUGUUUCCGUCGGUCGUGAGGAAGAGUGGAGUCGGGACCUGCUAAGUGCUGAUCUGCUUGUGCUCCGGACCAUGGACUCAUUGAGGGCAUCCCAGGUGUGAAAAUGUCCAGCAGUAACCGGGAGUUAGUGAUUGACUUUGUUGCCUACAAGCUCUCGCAGAAGGGAUACAGCUGGAGUCAGCUGGAGGAGGAGGAUGAGAACAGGACUGACUUUGCAGCGGAGGAGGCCGAGAUGGACGGCGUCCUCAACGGGAGCCCCUCCUGGCAUCCACCCGCCAGCCACGUAGUGAACGGAGCCGCCGUGCACCGGAGCAGCCUCGAAGUCCAUGAAAUCGUUCAAGCAGCCGACGUGAGGCAGGCGCUGAGAGAGGCGGGGGAUGAGUUUGAGCUGAGGUACCGGCGGGCUUUCAGCGACCUCACUUCCCAGCUCCACAUCACCCCCGGCACGGCGUAUCAGAGCUUUGAGCAGGUAGUGAACGAACUCUUCCGCGAUGGAGUGAACUGGGGUCGCAUCGUGGCUUUCUUCUCCUUCGGAGGAGCCUUGUGUGUGGAGAGCGUUGACAAGGAGAUGCGGGUAUUGGUGGGACGCAUUGUAUCUUGGAUGACCACGUACUUGACCGACCACCUAGAUCCCUGGAUCCAGGAGAAUGGCGGAUGGGAGCGGUUUGUGGACCUCUAUGGGAAUGAUGCUGCUGCCGAGGUGAGGAAGGGCCAGGAGACCUUCAACAAAUGGCUCCUGACCGGGGCGACGGUGGCAGGAGUGCUUCUGCUGGGAUCCCUGCUGAGCCGCAAGUGACCCGCCGCCGAGUCCCCCCCAUCGCCAGGACGGCUGCGCCUUCACCGCCACAUCCACUACACUCCGCUCCCGAGCACCGUCACCGGGGUGGGGGGCAGCCCCUCCGCCUCCCAGGCGAGCGCCCCGCUCCACGGAGCUUUCUCUCUCGUGCCGCCAGCUCCUUUUAUCGUAGCCCCUCUUAUUUACUGUUCCAUUGUGUUUUAAAGGCGCUGAGACCAAUGCAGCACUUCAGCCAACAAGCUCCCAGCACUGGGGAGAUCCAGGCAGCCGGGGGGAGUACUGGCUAGAAGGUGUCCCAGCCCUGCAGAGUCCUCUAGAUCACUUUGAAGAGAAUAAACAGACUUAUUUUUGCA